AUGUGUGCCGUGGAUGACAACCGUCCAGCCCGUCGCAACAACAGCAGCAGCAGCGGCAGCAGCAGCGGCAGCGGCGUACUUAUCAUCGCAGCAGCCGAGGGGAGUGAAGUGGACCGGAGGAAGGAGAGAAAAGGGAUUUACGGACACCGACCAAGCAUGGCUACCCAAACGACAGCAUCAUGCACUGGAUCCGCUCUGUUGCAGCCAAUCAGCGAAAUUAUCAAUCUCCCUCUCGACCAGGUUAACUUCGUGGCAUGUCAGCUGUCCGCCCUGCUGAUGGCUGUGUGGUUUCGGCUCUACCUCCACCCCAGUAAGACCAGUCCUUUCAUCAGACAUGUGGUGGCCACGCUGCUGGGCCUCUACUUGGCUCUCUUCUGCUUUGGCUGGUACUCCCUCCAUUUCCUGGUGCAGAGUGGUCUGUCCUACAGUGUCAUGGUCUUCGCUGGCCUGGAGCACAUGCACAAGUACUGCUUCAUCGUGACUCUCGGCUAUCUGAUAUUGUGUCAGAUCACACGAGUCUACGUGUUUGACUAUGGCAUGUACUCUGCAGAUUUUACAGGGCCUAUGAUGGUUAUAACACAGAAGAUAACCAGCUUGGCGUUUGAAAUACAUGACGGUUUAGCCAAGCGAGAUGGGCAGCUGACUCCGACUCAGAAAUACCUAGCUAUCAGGCGGAUGCCCAGCUUGCUGGAGUACCUCAGCUACAACUGUAACUUCAUGGGCAUCCUGGCAGGCCCCACCUGCUCUUACAAUGACUACAUGGCGUUCAUCGAAGGCACGGGUUACCAGCCACGCCACCAGGAGAACGCCAACGGCAAGGAGAAUGGGAAGUACAAGCAGAGUGAACCCUCGCCCAAGAAUGACGUCAUCUCCAAGCUGUGCACGUGUGCCAUCUCGCUGGCCAUCUAUCUGUCGCUGUGCAAGCUGCUCCCGGUGGAGCACUCCAUAGACGAUGACUUUGUCAACUCCACACCCUUCUAUCUUCAGGUGGUCUACCUUUACCUGGCCAUGCUGGCUCUGAGGCCAAAGUACUACUUUGUCUGGACACUUGCUGAUGCUAUCAACAACGCUGCCGGAUUUGGCUUCAAUGGAUACAACAAAGAUGGCUCUCCGCGGUGGGACCUGAUAUCAAAUCUCAGAAUUCUGGAUAUUGAGUUUGCCACCAGUUUCAAGAGUUUCCUAGACAACUGGAAUAUCCAGACAGCUCUUUGGCUCAAAAGGGUGUGCUACGAGCGCUGUGCCAUCAACCCCACCGCUGCCACCUUCCUGCUGUCAGCCAUGUGGCAUGGGGUGUACCCCGGCUACUACCUGACCUUCCUCACUGGCAUUGCCAUGACCAUGGCUGCACGUGCAGUAAGGCACAACAUCAGACCGUACUUCCUGGUCUCUGACUCAUACAAAUGCAUCUAUGAUGUCGUCACGUGGGCGUGCACUCAGAUUGCCAUUAGCUACACAGUGGCGCCAUUUGUCCUACUUGCCGUGGGACCCUCACUCAAAUUCUACAGGUCCUGGUACUUCUGCCUACACCUCCUCUGUCUCCUGGUGGUUCUGGUCUUACCUGUCAAAUCGAGACGCCCGCAGGCCAAAGAGCAGCAGGACGGUCUACAGAAGGACAGCCUACAGGACAACCAGACAGACCACAACAGCACAGACAACAACUGCAACCAGAAAGACAAAGCCACAUGAGGGUCAGGACAGCGACACACAGUCCACUCAGCAGCAGAAACACUUGAGAGGAACUAGAAACCACUGAGAGCUGGAGUGUGGCGAGCCCGUUUACCUGACGAAGAACCAAAUAUCGGACGCUCUGAAAAUCCUAACAGACAGAAAACACAAGUCAAUGUUCUGUCAAAACUUCCAGUAGCAAGGACGACAGCAGUCACACUUCUGACAUGGACAUAAGACCAGGAUGUAACAACGGCCACGGUGUAAACUAAUGAGUGAUAGUGGUUACUUUACAUUAUGUUAGUGGAAAAUGAAGACUUCCAAGCUGCCUUAAACCCUCUAUGUACUCGCCUGGUGAAAUAGACAGCUGGAUGGCACGCUGCAGAACCUAAAUGUAGUUUCACCAUUUUACUGCAGAAUAAUCCAGCAGAAUAGAAGUGCAGUAUGUGGAGGGUUUUUGUCAUUGUCUGGAUACAAGCUCCUGUCAGGUGGAAAUGGAAAAACGUGUUCAUGUAAAAGAAACAUAACCUUUAUCAUCAGCUGCCAAUUUCAAACAGGCCUUAGGAUCCUCAAAACGUUGUUUUAUUUCUAUGUCUCUUUUAAAAUCUUUACCAGAGAAGAAUUCACAUUGUACAUGUUUUGUAUUUAGAUGUUUGUGACAGCACUAUUUGAAGUCCAUUCUCACAGCUUUUUUUUUUCUUUUUUAACCCCCCGGGAUGAAUUGACUUUGCCUGACGUAGAGAGUCCCAGAGUGGAAUUCAGAUCUCGUCCACCUCCAGCAGUGGAUAGUCUAAAAGAGGCACUCAACAGUUUCUAAAUGGAUUUCUUUUUUUAUUUUUCAUAUCUGCUGCUUUUUUUUUUCUUUUUUGACAUGACUCAUCAGAUAAAUGUUUGUUUCAAAGGGAGUUUAUUUGCUCUGUCGUGAUUUAGGAUUUCAGACUUGGAGUUCAGGGGUGUGAUUUGGUUUUUUGCUUUUGUUUUUCUUUACAUAUGUUCAUAUUGUUCACACAACAGGUUUCCUCUGUGUUCAAAUGUCUUGCCUCUGGAAUACAAGUAUCCAAAACGAUUUAAAAACAAAAUAGUAAAAUUGUUAAUUGGUGGAUUGUUAACUUCACUUGUUGAACACUGGUACAUUUUAUUUAAUUAUCUUGAAUCCUACAAAUGUAGCAGAAAUCUAAUCAGAUUACCACAUUCACUGAAGACUUAUUUAACCGUCAAAAGGUUUUAUAGCCAUAAAAAAGUUUCCAAUUUGCACUGUGCAUUAAAGCACACAUAAUGUUCAGGCUGCAGAUUAUGUCAGUGGGCAACUUGCAUUUGUCAGUGAGGAAAUCUGAUAAAGUUGAUUAUCUAAGUGACAUCAUAAUAUUGUACAAAAUUCAAAGACAUAGACCAGCUGUUGUGGUAAAUGGUCUUAUUUCAUAUUGUGUGCACUUGCUUUAGAAUAGGGGUUGUUUCAGGGUGCAUUUACUGUAGGGUGUACGAGACACUGGUUCCACGUGUUGUUUUGGUCCACAGCUCACCUUAAGCCUUUCAAAUCAUCCAGUUCAUCUUUACAACACGCAGCAGUUCAAACAGCCACCCACAUGAUUCAUUUCUGUUUCAUUCAGAGGAAGCAAACUAAAAGGCACCUCACUGUUGUUUGAACAGUCAAAAGACACGUUUUACAUAUCUGUCAGAGGAAAUAGUCUGGGAGUUUCAAACUGAUGAUAUCAUAAACACUUUGAAAUUGUGUGUUUGUUUUUUUUUUUGUCUAGAAUAUCGUCAGUAAUUUGAGUUGAUUCGGUGCAUUUGUGUUAUAUAACGUAACAAAGCAGCCGAGGUGAGCUUUGAAGUAUGGACCUCUUUCAUUUCUUUUUAAGAUUUUCUAACAUUUGCAUAUUCCUGCCAUAACUGUGUGUGUACCAGUAUUCAUGUGAUGCGUACAUGUUGAUGUGGUCUCAUGUGAACUAUAUUUGUAGCCUGGGCCCUGUGUAGGCGAGUGUGGCCCACUUAAGGGAAAGGGAUGUCAUUCUACAAACAUAGCGAUUAUUGCACUGCAUGGCCACCCGAACCAGCAGAUCAAUGCAAACUGCUCCAUAUGUCCAAAGUGCCAAAUCAAGAAUGGCGCAUUUUGUUUUGUGUGUAUGUGAGCAUGCGUGCCUGCGUGUGUGUUUGCGUGCGUGCGUGUGCAUGUGUCCAUGUAGUACGUGUGUGUGCGCCUGUGUAACAUAAUGGUUAUUUUUGUGUCAGAAGGAAAUUUAUUGAAAGAUUUGUAUAACAGUACAUUAAAAUUCUGAUUUAUGUGGCAAAAUAAAGAGAAAUUAUUUUUAAACA